AUGAUAAAAAAAGAAGAAUCUAUGACCCUGUCCACAGAGCAGGGUGGUGAUCACACCAAGUGUGAGGAUGGAAAAAGAGAAAGUAAUGAUAACUACAGGGAAUUCGACAGUACGAACAGUGUUGGUUGUGAGGGCGCCUACAACUCCGACAUCUGUGAAGAUGACUCCACGUGCGCCUCCUCCAUCGGGAAAAGCGUUUACAUCAUAAACGCCAGCUUUAGUAAGAUAAAGAAAAACCUGCAUGAUAUAAAUGAAGCCAUUCACUUGCAUAUCGAUUCGGAGGGAGAAACGGGGGAUGAGUUCAGCGGCGAACUGGACGACCAAUCUGACGGCACGACCAUCUCCAGCGACGACAGCAGCAUUGUGAAGACAUUCAAUGCUUAUAACGGUAAUAGAGAAAAUGUGGAUGGCGUGGAUGAUGAUGAUCAUAACGACGGUGAAGACAGGAAAAGGAGCAAGGAAUUACAGCUACUGCUAAACAACGUAAUAAACACCAAGUUGGAAAAAAAAAAAAUUGCCACCCUUGACAUCAUUGACGAGUGCAUAUCUAUUAAGAAGCAUUACAACUCCAUUGCGGAGAAGAGACACGAAGGGGAGGAGGAAGACAACUGUGCGUUCGUUGUGGAUGGGGUUCCCCGAGGAAUCAGCUACGCACAGAGUGUGGACAUGCACAAGGUUGAAAAUUUAGACGAUCUGUUAGAAGGCAUGGCGGCGUGUGAGGCGGGGGGAGAAGCGGCGGGAGACUUUGACGCGGACUCGGACGCGCCGCCAGGCUUCGAUAUGGUGAACUUGAAGGACCCCGGUGCGGUUGGCAGUGAAGACGAAGCGGCAAGCGAGGCUAGCUCCGCGGAACCCCCAACGGAACACAUCUCCACGGUGAAGCGGCUCACUGACUGUCUACAAAAUUUUAAGAACUCCAAAAAAUAUAGAAAAGACAUACUGACUUAUCCAAUAAUUUUUUUUCUAAAAAAGGAGAAACAGCUUGUUCAAUUUUUAAGAAGAAAAAAGAAGCUCUUCUACUGUGUGUUGCACGCUGGUUUCCUCCUUUCUUAUCUUCUCUUUUGCCUCUCAUUUAUUCUUUGCAAGCGUGCCCUUUACGGAAUGUUUUACGACCAGGAUUUGUGA